UUUAUUUAUUUUUGUUGGAGGGCCAGAUUCGGUUAUAGCUUCUCGAUAACCUUCUCCCCAAAUUCCCUUUUCCGCUUUCUUGAAACCCUUUACCCAGGUCAUAACCCUAGAGAUUCACGAUGAUCGCUGUUCACUAACUAUUUCAGUUUCCGAUCUUUGAUUACGUUUUUGUAAGCUUGUAAUGUUAUAAUUUUCGGUUUCGGAGUAUCAGAAUCUCAAGUCUCAAAGCUCCCGAGUUUCCUUUUGAAGAUCAAUCUAUCGUAGGAUUAUUUCCUGAAGGUUUGUUUUGCUCGCGUUUUACAAGAUCUGGGCCGUGUGGAUUGAUUGAUUCGGAGCGGUUCUUUUACUAAAAUAAUCGAUAAUAGAAGAUUUUGUGCGAAUUUGACGAUCUAAGAGGAAAGGGGAUUUUGCAUUAUUCCCUACGAUUUUCCCUAAACUGCUGGUAUAGCUGAAAGAUUCGAUUACUGGAAUACAGCGUGAAGAAGCUUUCAGGGUUGACUUUUUGAUGUCAGAGCUUCGGGAUUUACACCGAAGAAGAAUCGAUGAGUUUGGUUCAGUUUCUCAUAGAAUAAGAAAAAAAACUUUUGUACUGUUUAUAUUUGUUUUUUAGUGAAUAUCAGGCCUAUUAUUGUUUGGAAGGCUAAGAAAUAAGUUCAUAUUUUCUUUUGUGUGUGUGUGUGUGUUUUUUUUAAAAAUUAUAUUAUUACUACUAUUAUUAUUAAGAGGAAACAAGGUUAAAAAUGGCUGUUUAUUACAAAUUUAAAAGUGCAAGAGAUUUUGAUUCAAUUUCCAUGGAUGGUCCGUUUAUAAGCGUUGGUACUUUGAAAGAAAAAAUAUUUGAAUCAAAGCACCUGGGCAGGGGUACAGACUUUGACCUCGUUGUCACUAAUGCCCAAACUAAUGAAGAAUAUCUAGAUGAAGUAAUGUUAAUCCCCAAAAAUACUUCUGUAUUGAUUCGCCGGGUUCCUGGAAGGCCUCGCAUGCCCAUUGUUACUGCACCAGAGCCUAAUGUGGCAAAUCAGAUUGAGAAUGCUCAACCAGAAAUGAGCAGCUUCCUGGAUGCUGAUUCAUCUGUUCCAAAAUAUCCCGAAGACUCAGAAUGGGAUGAAUUUGGGAACGAUUUGUAUUCAAUACCUGAAACGCUGCCAGUCCAGUCAAGCAAUCCACUUCCUGAUGCUCCCCCUACUAAUAUAGAUGAUGAGGAAAGCAAGAUUAAGGCUUUAAUAGAUACUCCUGCCUUAGAUUGGCAGCGCCUAGGUGCAGAUGGCUUGGGACCUGGUAGAGGCUUUGGAAGGGGUAUGGGUGGAAGGAUGGGAGGGCGUGGUUUUGGAUUGGAGCGCAAAACGCCUCCUCAAGGCUAUGUUUGCCACCGGUGCAAGGUGCCUGGGCAUUUUAUUCAGCACUGCCCCACAAAUGGUGAUCCAAACUAUGAUAUUAAAAGGGUGAAGCCUCCAACUGGCAUUCCGAAGUCAAUGCUAAUGGCAACUCCUGAUGGUUCUUACGCAUUACCUAGUGGAGCGGUUGCUGUUUUGAAACCCAACGAGGCUGCAUUUGAGAAAGAAAUUGAGGGCUUACCUUCCACUCGUUCUGUUGGUGACCUUCCACCUGAACUCCACUGCCCAGUGUGCAAGGAAGUAAUGAAAGAUGCUGUUCUAACUAGCAAAUGUUGUUUUACGAGUUUUUGUGAUAAAUGUAUAAGGGACCAUAUUAUCUCAAAGUCAAUGUGUGUAUGUGGGGCAACCAACAUACUUGCUGAUGAUCUUCUUCCAAAUAAGACCUUACGAGAUACAAUUAACCGUAUAUUGGAGUCUGGUAACAGCAGUGCUGACAAUACGGGAAGCACUUUUCAAGUUCAAGAUAUGGAAUCUGCAAGGGGUCCACAACCAAAAAUUCCAUCUCCUACUGCAUCUGCUGCAUCUAAGGGAGAGCAGAAACCAGUAUUUGCCGAGGAAGAAAGUCUUGAUGUUAAGGAUAAAGCUAAUAAGAUGAAGGAAGCUAUUCCCCCACAGCAGGUCUUUGAGAAGACUACUAAACUAGCUGAUUCUUCUGAAGCUACACUGGAGUCGAUGAGUGUGAAGGAGCCUGCAUCACAAGGGAGUGCCCCACUUCUGGAUGAAGAAGUGCAACAGAAGGUGGCUUCUGGAGAGGCAGGAAGGAAAAAGAAAAAGAAGGUUCGUUUGCCAGUAAAUGACUUGCAGUGGAAAACCCCUCAGGAUCUUGCAGCUGAGAAUUAUAUGAUGUCUAUGGGUCCUUCUGCCUAUAAUCCUUACUGGACUGGUAUGCAGCCUGGGAUGGAUGGAUUUAUGGGUCCUUAUGCUGGAGUGAUGCCGUAUAUGAGUGGGUAUGGACUAGGUCCAAUGGACAUGCCAUUCGGAGGUGUCAUGCCACCAGAUCCUUUUGGUGCUCAAAAUUAUAUGUUUCCUCCCGUCCCACCUAUGAGAGAUCUUGCCGAGUUUGGCAUGGGUAUGAAUGUUGCCCCACCUAUCAUGAGCAGAGAGGAAUUUGAGGCUAGGCAAGCUGCUUUGAGGAGGAAGCGUGAAAAUGAGAGACGAGGUGAAAGGGAGUUCUCUAGAGAUCGGGAAUUUGUUAGGGAAGUGAGCAGCAGUGCUGAUGUUUCAUCAUUGAAGUCAAAAUCUAAGCCUAUUCCCCAAAUGUCAGGCGGUGAUCAUCGGCACGAACAUCAUCGUUACCGAUCAGAGAGGACCUCACCAGAACGUUCCUUACGGGACUGUGAAGCACCACCUCCACGUCCUUCAAAGAGGAAAGCUGAUCAGCAUCAUGAUCUUGAUUGUGAUUAUGACCGUAACUAUGAUGAUCGUGACCAUGGUCAUGAUCGCUAUCUCCAUCAUCAUCAUCAUCAUCGUCGCUCUGAGUCUACCAGGCUUGCACCUGAACCAGCACCCAAAUUAACUUCCACGACUACUACAGAAAUGGAUAAGAAGUCAAAGCCAAGCGUGUUUUCUCGCAUUAGCUUUCCAGAAGAAGAAAUUAGCAUGAAGAAACAGAAGAUAUCUUCUGAUGCACUGGCAUCUUCUGGCCAUCACAAACCAUCCUCCAAUGGAUACGAUUACAAGUCGUCUUCGGUAUCUGCCAAGGCAGUUUCUACUACUAGUGGCGGUGGGAGGAAGAGCAGUAGUAGCAAUGCUGUAGAUUAUGAGUCGAGUGAUGAUGAUAGACAUUUCAAAAGGAAGCCGUCAAGGCACGAGUCAUCGCUGCUACCAUCAGCUAAGCAUGAAGAGGAACCACGGCACUCAAGAGGGUCAAGAGAACGGGAACAGGAACGCGGCAGCUAUAGUAAACAUAGAAUGUAGCAGAGGUUGUUGUUGUAGUACUGUUUGUUACUCGAGCAGAGUUUGCUCGCUCUCGAAGAGCUAUCGCAUACUUUUGCAUCUUUGCACCUUUGCACCAAUAUGCCCUAUUAUUAAGCCUAAUGGAAAGAUUUGUGGAGAAAAUAAUACAAUUGUUUUUUAUUCGUAUUUU